AUGAAAUUAGAAGGUAUAUCAAAUGAUCUGUUCUUGUGCAUUUGGGAUCACUUAACAAAGACAGAUGUUAUUUAUAGUUUUUCCAAUCUUAACGCAAGAAUUGAUUGUAUGUUAUUCAAAUUUUGUGGUCUUUAUAAAGAAUUAGAUUUACGUUAUUGUUCAUUAUCAAUCUUUCGUCAUUUUUCUCAUGAAAUAAUAAUGAAAGAUGGAUGGCGUUUAAAUUUAACUACUUUAAAAAUAGGUAAUCCAUAUCGAUGUCCUCAAAUGACCAUAUUAGCCGAUGAAGUGACAAAGUUCUUUAUGAAAAAUUCUUUUAUAAGAAAAGAUAAUCAGAACAAUAAUUCAUUAACUUUACUUCGUAUGAUGAAGUCAUUGAAGAAGAAAAAUGUGGAAUCAUUAUUUCCUCAAUUAAAUACUUUGAUUGUUUUUCAGAAUAUAACAAUGGAUGAAAAUUGUCGAGAUAUAUUUCUAUAUGGUAUUGCUUGUGGGUCAAGUUUACGCACAUUAAAAUGGAGAACUUGUUCCUAUCAAACUCACCAUUCGAAAUCAUUUUUUGAUUGGUUAUUUCAGUGCUCCAUUAGUCUACAAAAGUAUCAUUUCGAAAAUACGUUAGGUGAAAGUGGUUUUGAACUUUCUUAUCAUCAUACAUUGAUUAACAAUUAUCAAUUUCAUCAAUCACUUCUUGAUCUUAGGAUCAAUAUUUUGAAUUUAUCAACAGUAUUUGUAUUACUUCAUUAUCUUCCCAAACUUCAAUGGCUUGAUGUUCAUAUUAGCGAUCGUAUUGAAGCAAAAAAUGAUCUUGACGAACAUUUGCUAACAACUAUGAAUUAUCCGAUUGAACUUCAUACUGUGAAACUUCGGUCAUUGGAUGUACGUGGACGAGGUUGUUAUGUUUUGGAAAAUCUUCUGUUAAAAUUUCUUCAAUCGCUUGAAUAUUUAUCCAUAUCAAUGUAUCAUCGAUGUGAAAAUGAACCUGAGCUAAAUUAUAAUGGCUAUUCUCUAAGUGUUCUUUGUCGAAAAUUGAUACAUCUUCGAUCGUUUCAUUUCGCUAUUGAAAUACAAAUGUUCGAAAAAGCUGAUGAAGUUAUCGUUCAUAACUUUACAAAAACGUUUACUACACCUUUCUGGCUCAAUGGACCUUUUGGUUGUAAACGAGUUGAUAAGAAUUUAAUUCAUUCGACCAAUCUAAUGAAUAUAGAAUUUAAUACUGAUCUAGAAGAAAAUCCCAGAUCAGAAAAUUUAUCUCAAAAACUUGCAACUCUUUGGUUUGGAAUGCACCGCUUAUUUUUACUAUUUGAUAAAGAUCAAACGUUACCAUCAUUAUUUAUCCCAACUUUGCAUUGCCCAUCGAGUCAAGGUAAAACAUUAAUAUUAUCACAAAGGAGAGGAACUAUGCCAGAAAAUCUAGUAAAUCACACUCAAUUAACACAUUUUAAUGCACUCGAAUUCUUUUAUUCAAUUGAUACAAAUAGUAAUAAUAAUCUUCAAGAAUUAGUCUCUUGGCUUCAAAUACUUCCAAAUGUUAUUUGCUUAGAAAUAUGUUUGACAGAAUUCAAAUAUUGGCUUACUAAUUAUACGAAUAAUCCACAUCUUUGUUCUUUUUUUCAACGUCUUCAACGAUUACAUAUUGAUUGUUCUUCCUUAAUUAAUAGACAAAUGAAUGAAGAAGUUUAUCAUUUAUUUCUUUCAUAUAUCAUUGAUAAAGAUCGUUUUCCACAAUUAAAAUGUUUACGUUUGAGGUGCUGCAAAGAUGUUGGCUCAUCAUGGGAAAAUAUCGAUCAAUGGAUUGGCUUUAUUCUUACUCAUACUGAUCAACACCGUUUAACAUGCGUACGCUUUGAUUUUAUUGAAAAGGAAAAUGAAACAACUGAAAUGAAUAUAUGUAAUCAAAUAAUGUCAAUUGUUCAACCAUCAUCGAUUAUCGUUGUUCAUCAAUUUGUAUGCGACAAUCAUAUUGCUCUAUGGAUCGAACGAAUACAUAGAAAUUCCUCGUUAACAAAAUAA